AUGACAAUUCUGGAUUCUGGGUACAAUCAAAUCUUUAAACUAUUCUUGCAGAUAAUGCUGGUUGGUGACAGUUGUUGUGGAAAAACAUGUUUGCUGAUUCGUUUUAAAGAUGGUACUUUCUUGAAUAGCAACUUUAUUUCGACCGUUGGAAUAGAUUAUCGCAAUAAACUUCUGGAACUCGAUAACCUGAAAGUCAAACUACAGAUUUGGGAUACUGCGGGUCAGGAAAGAUUCCGAUCGAUUACUGCAACUUAUUACCGCGAUGCAGAUGCACUCUUGCUAGUUUAUGACAUAACUAAUCGAGAAAGUUUCCAAAACGUUCGAGGUUGGCUAUCUGAAAUACAGGAAUGUGCUAAAGAAUCUGCAAUUAUAACCUUAAUCGGUAAUAAAAAUGAUUUGAGCAGCGAGCGAAAAGUGAAAUAUGAUGAAGGACGAAAAUUGGCUGAGGUAGGUAGCAUAAAUCAGAAUCCGAUUCAGGCGUAUGGUAUUAAUUUCGUUGAGACAAGUGCUAAAACAGGUCAGAAUGUUCAACAUGUUUUUGAAGAAAUCGCAAGAAGAUUAAUUAGAUUAUCGAGGAACUGUAAAAAUGAUGGAUUCAUUGAUCUUGCCGAACAGCCAUCAUCAGAUUCAUGCUGUGUAUUAUUAUGA